CAAAGGCUCACUCAAACCUUCUCCUCAAUCGAAUCUUCCCUCAUAUCUGCCUUUCCCUCGGCGGCUGCGACGACCCCGACGCUUUGCUCGUCACCAACCUUAUCCAUGACGUCGCGGAACAUCGGGACAAAGUUGCAGCAGACUGCGUAGGCCCAAGGCACGACGUGGAAAGCGACGGGAACCACGAAUCCAAUCGCAGUGGAAUUGUGCAUGUCUGCGACCUUCGCUAUUCAUAGUCAGUCACGCACCACAAGCGCCACCGACAACUCCAGCGAUGAUCCAUCCACUCCCGCGCUUCGUGUGCCGGCCAAGUCCCCGAAUUCCCAGCGCGACGAUUGUCGGGAAACACACGCUCUCGAAGAACAGACACAGCAUGAGCAUUGCGAGGCCCUUGUUCCCUGUCUGCGUCACGGACGCCGCAGCAAACGCGAUCACGAGCGAGAUGUACGUGAAGAACACUUUCCGUGGCCGGAUGCGCGUCAUGAGCGCCGAGCCAGAGAACCGGCCAGCAGCGAAACAACCCUGAGCACCGGCGAGGAAGGACGCGGCGAGCUGGUUGGUCGUGUUGGCGCGCGUCUCGGUCAUGUAGUUGAUGAAACAAUGCGGUUCAUACCAGACACACCUUGUGCGCCAGUGUAGCAGAACGACGCAAAUCCAGCAAAGAACAACUUGUACUGCUUCCGGAAUGGUUUAUCGCCCGCGUCUCCGCCCGCGUGAGUUCUCCCAGCUUGUUCGGCCAUGUCCGUGUCUACCGAGAGUGAAAAGAAGAAAGAAGUCUCAGUUCGUGUCGGAGAACCGUGCCAAGGCGAACCCACCUGUGACUUCAGGGAUAACCGAGAAAAAGAACACGACCGCGAGGCAGAACACGAAGAUCGCAAUGGCAAGAACACGUAGGAUCCCAGGACGGGCCCGAUGACCGACCCGAUGGCUUGCACGGCUUGGGCAAUGUUAAUCCGAACCUCGGCGUACUGAGGCGGGCCCGUAACUGAUUGUUCGUGUUAUUUUAGAUUUUCCGCAUCGAGAGAGGGAAGAGUAAGCUGCGCACCAGCCAUAACCCGCCGAAACUGCGCUUGAGCGCCGCCGGCCACAUCAAGAGCGCACCGAUGCCCUCGAGCACCAGCCCGAGGAUGAAGACGGCGCGGUAGCCGUAGUUGCGCAGGACCCAGUUGCCAUAGCCCAGGGACGCGAGAGGAUAGGCCCCGAAAUACGCCGCUUGGAGGCCUGACGAGCGCGUGCGGGUGAUAUUGAGUGUGUUUUGGAAGUGUUUGUUGAGGGUGUCGAGCAAGCCGUAUGCAAAGCCCUGUCGUAGUGGACGGUUCAGAGAAUGAUACAAGAGACAUGGCUUGAGAGCAAAUGGGACGCACCCAGAGGAAGUACAGAAUCGUUACCAGGAAGAGCGGCCAAAGCGUCUCCCUGAGCGUCAAGUU